AUGCCCACCUUUACAAAAAUAAUGACCAAAAACCCCGUCUUCCGCGUGUCGGGCCUGCCAGCCCAGCAACCUGACGACGAGCUCAAGGCGAUGCUGACGACCGAAAUCAACAAGCGACUAACUGAGCACGAACGAAGCACCGCAGACGUCGAGGUAGCCAUCGUGCCAGCCUGCUCCGACCAACGGCGGAAAGUCGCGCUGGUCGAAUUUGGUGGCGAUUGGCCUCACUUCCUGAGAGAGCUCCUGGACGGCACGAAGGAUGUUUGGCCGCUCAAGGUGACACCAAAACGAUAUUACAAUUUCGAUUGCGAGUUCUCAGGAUUCACCCAGCUGUACAAAACUGCGACGGACGCUGUUACCGCAGAUGUGGUUGCCAUCACCGGCCUCGGUGGCCAUGCAUAUGGCUCAUGGAGGUCGAGAAGCAAUCUGAGGCAAAUGUGGCUUCGGGAUUUCCUGAGCGAAGACCAUCCAAACUGCCGCACGAUGACAUACGGGUACGAUUCGAAGCUGUUAGGGAAAGGGACAGGUAAAAUCAUGGACUUCAGUCGGACGUUCAUCGAGGAACUAAAGAAGGUCCGAAACAAAGACCAGCAGCGACCACUGUUCUUCAUCGCACACAGCUUCGGUGGAAUUAUACUCGCAUAUUGCCUCAGUCACGCGGCGGCCCGUAGCAACAUGGACAACAAUGCUGCCCUCCAUGCCAUUUACCAGGCUACCUACAGCAUAUUUUUCUUCGGGACUCCCCACAAGGGCAUGGGAGUUGACAACUUCAGGAGAAUGAUGGGGAAGAACGAUAAUGGGCGCGAUGCACUGCUCGACGAUAUCAAGAAGAAGUCUUCCGUACUAGAACACCUGCAAGAUGACUUCAGGAACAUCAUCCGCGAGCGAAAGAUAGUAUCUUUCUACGAGCUCAACCAGACGCAACAGGCGGACUAUGACCACGAGAAUCAACGCUGGGCGAGAACCGGUCACUAUGACACUGCAGUGGAAACCCAGUCGGCCCUCCUCCAGCUACCCGAUGCCAUAGAGGAGAAGAUUCCUCUGGAUGGCGACCAUUCGACGAUGGUCAAGUUCAACGCUGAUACGGAUGCUGGAUACACCAGCGUACUUGGCAGGCUGCAGCAAUACGAGAGGGAGGCUCCAAGCGUGGUAGAAGGUCGAUUUGUGCACGCAGUCCGCACUGCAACUAAGCGGCCAUGCGAUACGCAUUGGAUGGUCCCUCGCGCUGUCAACAGCUUAUUCACAGGGCGAACUGAGCUUAUACAGCGUAUCACGAGCGCCUUACGUGACGACGGCGCAAGCAACUCAAUACGCAAGCAACUCGUAAUCACAGGCAUGGGCGGUAUAGGCAAAAGCGAGGUGUGCCUACAGGUCGCGAAUGCAUUACGUCCAGACUUUUGGGGCGUUUUUUGGGUUGAUGUUAGCAGUGAGGCUACUGCUAAAAACGGCUUCAUAGCGGUAUCGAAGAUGCUUGGAUCACCUGUCGAUAAUAUCGAAGGUGUGCUCUCGGUGCUAGCGAGCGCACAGGAGCGCUGGCUGCUCAUUUUGGACAACGCCGACGACGACAAAACCGACUUCAAGAGAUAUAUCCCAUCUGGCACUAGGGGUACCCUGAUAAUCACGUCUCGCGUGUCGGACUGCAGCCAACACAGCACUGUGCCGGCAGAAUCCCUAAAAGCCCUAGAGGAACAACCUUCCAUGCAGCUUCUGCUCAAAGCUGCUCAAGUCCAAGAGGACCAGUGGCAGCGCUACGAGAAGCCGGCGCAAGAGAUAGUGCAUCUGCUGGAGUUUCACACGCUUGCGCUGAUACAGGCUGGCGCAUAUAUCGCAAAAGGUUACUGUGAGAUGCACGAGUAUCCUGAAAAGUAUGAGCUUCAUCGCAAGCAGCUUCUUGAGCACUAUCCACGUCAAGAGCAGUCGCGAUAUCAACAUGUGUACGCUACAUUCGAAGCGUCUGCAGAGAGGCUUAUGCGCGACGAGGCUGGCCUAGAUGCGCUAGAGCUGCUCAGCAUUCUGGGAACUCUAUCGACGAGCAUGCUACCACUCCAGCUAUUCGAAGAAGCAUGGCACGAAGGCCGUCGUCUGCUGAAGGAACAUAACGAGCAACAUAACGAGGAACGUAUUGAGGAACAUGUGAUUGCAUACUACCUGCCGAAAUUUGUCGAUGUCAAGGCGGCUGAGUGGAACGACCGUCGGCUGACAGAGGCCAGCACUCUCCUUGAUUCACUUUUUUUAGUGACGAGGAGUUCGACAGACGGUGCGAGCGACUUGUCGAUGCAUGUUCUCACGCACGCGUGGGCGAGGGACCGUCUGCAAGCUCAGCAGCAGCAGCAAGCGUGGGUGUCGGCUGGCUCUCUACUUGCGUUGUCAACAGGCAAGACAAAAACGUGGCAAAUGUGGGAGAGGGGGGUGCGCCUACACUUGCUAUCUCUCCUGGCACCAGAAGCAGAGGACGUGGUGACGUGGGGACCAAGAAUGCACAUGUUUAUCAUCUUGCUCCGAUGUGGAUGGACUCUGCAUAAUUUGAGAGAGGAUGACUGGCUCAUGAAUUUGGCCUAUGACAUUCGCGAGGAGCUUAUGUUUGAGAGGUACCUGAUGAUUCAAGCGUCGUUCAGGCAGCUUGCAGGUCGCAAUGCACUAUGCAGGCGCGAGUUCGAUGAAUCAAUUGGAUGGUUCUUCGGUCUCGUCGAGAUGUUGACGGCUGAGGGAAAAGAGACUCUAUCAAAUCAUAUAAUAGAGGCGCAGCAUUUACUUGCUGCGGCGUACAGAGACAACCAUGAUUUUGACGAGGCAUUAGACUUGCUAGAGCACCUUCUUCAUGUCCGUCGGUCUACGCUGCCAGAGUAUCACCCUGAUCUACUACGUUCGAAGAUUGCACUUGCUUUAGCAUAUCACGCCGACGAACAGAAAGAGGAGGCACGCGAUCUGGUAGAGGAUGUCUUGGAGGUCUGUAAUACUAGGAUGGAAGAGAUUGUCCCCGAACAACUGGAUUUGCAAUACACAGUUGGUUUUGCAUCCGGGGUUGUCGGACUGACACAAGAGGCAGUGGAAAUGCUGGAGCACGUUGUCAAUGCCCGUAUGACUGCGCUGCCAGAGCAUCACUCUGAUGUACUAUGUUCGCAGCAUGAGCUUGCUAAAGCAUACGCAGCCAAUGGACACAGAGAACAGGGAAUAGAACUAAUGGAGGGUGUGAUUGCUGCUAGAGAGCAAAUUCUUUCAGCUGACCAUCCGUGGCUACGUCAUUCGAAAGAAGAACUUUGGAUGAUGAAAUACCACCAGUUACCUGUUAUCGUUGCUGUACAUACCUGGCAGGGGAACGGCUAUAUAAUAUAG